AUGCUGCCGCGUGUUGCUCGUUGGUGGACUCAAAUGCAAGAGUUCGAUUUUUCUAUUGAAUACAUGCCUGGCACAUCAAUGCCCCAUGUGGAUGCUCUUAGCCGUAAUCCAGCAUUGCCUGACGAAGAUCUUAAGUUUAAGGAUAUUUUUCAUGUUAAGGAAAUUGACUGGCUUGUUACUGUACAAAACCCGGAUACCGACGUACAGCGAAUAAUUGGUAUUCUAAAUAGUCCUAAUUUAAACGUGCUUGAUAUUAAAAACAAUUACAAAUUGAAAAAUGGCAAGUUAUUUAGAAAAAUUGCAGAGGGUGAUAAGACAAGAGGGGCCUGCACUAAAGUGAUAAAAGUUCUAAUGGUGUUCAGGACAAGAGGGGCCUGCACUAAAGUGAUAAAAGUUCUAAUGGUGUUCAGGACAAGAGGAGCCUGCACCAAAGUUAUAAAAGUUCUAAUGGUGUUCAGGACAAGAGGGGCCUGCACUAAAGUAAUAAAAGUUCUAAUGGUGUUCAGGACAAGAGGGGCCUGCACUAAAGUUAUAAAAUGUUCUAAUGGUGUUCAGGACAAGAGGGGCCUGCACUAA